GAUAGAAUAGCCAUUUGAUCAUGUCACACACAUAGCUACUACAUACAAUUGCUAUAUAGCGUAGACAUUUGAGUCUUCAUUGCACAAUGUCGACCUCUACCAUAAACGGCUUCUACCUCUCUUCUAUCUCCCCUGCCAAAACUUCUCUCAAGAGGGUCACAUUACGUCCCUUAGUCGUUGCUUCUGCUUCUUCUCCUUCUUCUUCAUCUUCCUCUUCUUUCCCUUCUCUUAUCCAAGACAGGCCUGUCUUUGCUGCCCCUGCUCCUAUCAUCCCCACUUUGGAUAUGGGAAAGAACUAUGAGGAAGCUAUUGAAGAACUCCAGAAAUUGUUGAGGGAGAAGAAUGAGUUGAAGGCCACAGCAGCUGAAAAAGUUGAACAGAUAACAGCUCAGCUAGGGACAACAUCAUCUGAUGGCAUCCCAUCAUCUGAAGCCUCAGACAGGAUCAAAACUGGUUUCCUUUACUUCAAGAAAGAGAAAUAUGACAAAAAUCCAGCUUUGUAUGGAGAACUUGCCAAAGGCCAGAGCCCACCGUAUAUGGUGUUUGCUUGCUCAGACUCAAGAGUCUGCCCAUCUCAUGUGCUGGACUUCCAGCCUGGAGAGGCCUUUGUGGUCAGAAAUGUUGCUAACAUGGUUCCACCAUAUGACCAGGCAAAAUUCAGUGGAUCUGGGGCUGCCAUUGAGUAUGCAGUUCUUCAUCUCAAGGUGUCCAACAUUGUAGUCAUUGGACACAGUGCUUGUGGUGGUAUUAAGGGGCUUUUGUCUUUCCCAUUUGAUGGAACCACCUCUACUGAUUUUAUUGAGGACUGGGUCAGCAUUGGUUUACCUGCAAAGGCCAAGGUGAAGGCAAAACAUGGGGAUGCACCUUUUGGAGAGCUCUGCACACACUGUGAGAAGGAAGCUGUGAAUGUUUCCCUUGGAAACCUGCUAAGCUACCCAUUUGUGAGAGAGGGCCUUGUGAACAAAACUUUGGCACUGAAAGGAGGAUACUAUGACUUUGUUAAGGGAUCAUUUGAGCUCUGGAGCCUCCAGUUUGACCUUGCUUCUUCUUUCUCCGUAUGAAAACCAUUAUCAAUGACCUCAUCUUGGUUCCCUAAGUAAAAGAUGUGGCCACAAUUCUGCAUUGGAAGCUAUAGGGUCAUGCUUAGAGAUCCUGUGUCUGCAAUGAAGAGGCUACCUUCAUCUUAUGAUAUUCAUAUAUAUCAUCUAUCUAUAUGUAUGAAACUAUGAACUGGGUUCAUGUAUGUCUUCUUCGAAUAAGAGUUGUAAAUCCAAUUGGGACAAAAUUUUCAUUA